CGCGUCGCUAGGCCGCAGCCGCGGCUCCACUCCGAGCUCCGACGGCAGAAAGAACUGCAGACUCGGCCGCAGCAGCAGCUAAGGCCAUCGCCAUGUCCACCCUGAUCGUCACCCAGGCGCCCUUCCUCGCACCCCUCGACACCCACAAACAAAAUUCCCAGAGCAGCGGCGAAGCGACGAUGAGCUACGAAUCGAGCGACUCCGGUUGCUCGUCUUCGUCGUCGCUGACGUCCGAGGACCCGCCGUGCGCUACGUUGGUCGACGAGGAUGACAAGCAGCAGCGCCUGGCGGUGCUCAGCUUCGAACAGGUGCGUCGUCUGGACGCCGUCAUGCAGCAGGUGGUGCAGGUGCACGGCCGCGGAAACUUCCCCACGCUUGAGGUGCGUCUGCGCGACCUCGUCAGCGUCGUCCGUGCCAAACUCGAGUCGGACGACGUUCGCGUCAGGGACAUCCGCCUCAACGGCGGCGCAGCUUCCCAUGUGCUCGCGCACGACGCGCAGACCUACAACGACCUCGACCUCAUCUUUGCCGUUGACUUGCCCAGCGCCAGACAAUUUGAAAAGGUGAAGCAGGCCGUGCUUGCGUCGCUGUUGGAACUUCUGCCCGACGGUGUUAGCCGCAAGCGUAUCUCCACCUGCUCCCUGAAGGAGGCCUACGUUGGCAAAAUGGUCAAGGUCAACGAGGCAGGAGACCGCUGGUCCCUGAUCUCCCUCGGCCACGGCAGCAACGUCGAGCUCAAAUUUGUAGACUCGAUGCGCCGCCAGUUUGAGUUCUCCGUCGACUCGUUCCAGGUGGUGCUGGACUCCCUGCUGCUGUUCUACAAGUGCAGCGACCUGGCGAUGUCGGACAACUUCUACCCGACGGUGGUGGGUGAAUCUGUGUACGGCGACAUUCAGGAGGCGCUGCACCAUCUGCACAAGCAGUUGAUCGCGACGCGGCAACCGGAGGAGAUCCGCGGCGGCGGUCUGCUCAAGUACUGCCACCUGCUGACCAGAGGCUACCGGCCCGAGCGGCCGCAGCAGAUCAAGACCCUGGAGCGGUACAUGUGUUCGCGCUUCUUCAUCGACUUCUCCGACGUGAUGAGCCAACGCGUCAAACUGGAGGCCUACCUGAACAACCACGUGGCGAGCGCUGCCGACCAGUACGCGUACCUGUUGCUGCUGCACUCGGUCGUCGACGAGUCCACCGUCUGCCUGAUGGGCCAUGAGCGGCGCCAGACGCUGGCCCUGAUCGAGGAGCUGGCGUGCCACGUGCUGGCCGCCCACACCGCCCCCCCUCCUCCCCUCAUCUACUACCAGCCGUGGCACGCGUCCUGAGUGCGGAUCCGCAUCCUCAGCUGAACUCGCCGCGUCGGCGCCGCCACAGAACAACCGCUGCUGCAGGAUGAUUCAUGAUUGCUGCUGCUGACACCGCGCGCGCGCGAGACACAGAUAUAUGGAGGACAAAUUAAUGCACCGAUUUAAUCUAUUAAUAUAACUUUUUCCAAAAUCGAAAGAUAUGAAAAUACAUUCCCCCGAAAAGGCUGUGACCGGCACAAGGACUGCAUUUACAGCACAACACCGAUCUCCGCUGGCUCCUCCGCAAGUACAACGCAGCGACCGCCGCCCGCUGUCUCUCCGCUCGCUCGCUCGCCCCCGAUCGUCGUGCGCGUUCGUCCGUCUACUCUGUCAGUGUGUGCGUCAGUGUCUAUAUCGUAGGUUUAAUAAACACACGAGCCCCCCAUUCCCCUCAUCCUGGAGAUCUUUGACCCGUCCUCGCGAAAAGUGGCACACGCGGUUUUAAAUGAUCCAAAAUAAUCACCAAUUUUAGUUGGAAGGAAAGCCAAAAUAAGACCCUCGAAUCGUCCUGAAUAUCUAGGAGGACGUGCCAAAGAAUUGCAAAGAGAUUUUUUUGGCACUUCAACCCUAAACACCAGGACGAUUCAGGCCUUUGUUUUUUACUGUAUAUUGUAAGCAGAACUCUUGUGGGUGAAAAUUUUACCCUUUCAAAAGUUGCAGCCGUUCGAACAGCUUUUGGAUUUAACGUGAGAAUUCUGCGUGUGGCGCAUUUCGUGACGGCGCAUCUCCCUCCAAGGUCUCCAAUCUUUGCGCGUCUCUCUCUUUAGAGAUUCUCCCACUUUUGUAAAUAUAAUACGUGCAUCUCUCUCUUUUCAAUUUUGACCGCGAACGUUUUCGAAGCAAAAGAAAAACGACGUGUACCUUUACCCUCCACCAACAAACACACACACGUGCAUAUACCAUUUAAACAAACAAACAUUUAACCAUAUUUAAUUGCUAAUGAUGCUGCUGCUGUCUCUGUGUCAUCAAAUAUCAAUAAAAAUUCAACAUAUUAAAUUAAA